AUGACGCCAACCUCCAAGGUCAUCCCCGGCAGUAGCAGACCGCCAUGGCUUCUCAAGCUACGUUCCUCGACGACAUUCAUUGUAGCGACAGUCUGGAUGUCCACAUUCACGGACUUUCUUCUCUAUGCCAUGAUUGUCCCCGUCAUGCCCACAGCCUUGAUGGAUCGGGCCAAUGUCGAGUACAGCGAUCGCGAAUACUGGAUCAGUAUCCUCCUAAUGUGUGAGGCCGGUACGGCUCUCGUCCUCUGCCCGGUCUUCGGAUACCUCGUCGACAGCGCGCGCACACGCCGACUACCAUUCCUGAGCGCACUGAUCUUGCUCGCGGGCUGCAUGGUAGUGCUGCACACAGCGCACUCGCUAGCCAUGUUCAUCACAGGCCGGCUGCUACAGGGCUGCGCGGGCGCCAUGGUCGUAGUGGCAGCCUUUGCGCUGCUCCACGACUCGGUGCCGCAGGACCGCCUCGGACAGACGAUCGGGUACCUGGGCUCGGCGAUUGCGUCCGGGUUCCUGCUAGGCCCGUUUCUGGGCGGCGUGGUGUUCCAUGCCGGCGGGUAUGACGCGGUGUUCUGGAUGGCGUAUUCCAUCAUUGCGCUGGAUUUGGUCAUGCGCGUGGUCAUGAUCGAGAAGAGGCAGGCGGAGCGCUGGGUGAGUGCGUCUGAUACGAAUUCCGACCCGGAGUCGCCUGUGCAGUCACAGGAAGAGCAGCAGCAGCAACAACAACAACAACAACAACAACAACAACAACCGCCAGAGACUACUGCAGCAUCGCAACCUCCUCAAUUCAAUGGCCGCUUUGCCAUGCUUCGAAUCUUGCGACAGCGUCGCGUGCUGAUCUCCUCGUGGGCCCUACUGGUGCAUGGGAUCUUGCUCUCGGCUUUUGAUGUGACCCUGUCCAUCUUCGUCGAGACGCGGUACGGGUGGUCCGCGCUGGGAAUGGGGCUGAUAUUCCUGCCGAUGGCGAUACCAGCCUUCUUCGAGCCAUUCUUCGGGUACAUCACCGACCGAUUCGGCGCGCGCCUCGUCGCCUUCGCAUGCUUCUUCCUCCUCACACCAUCACUGAUCUGCCUCCGCUUCACCGAACCCCACUCCCCACCGCACAUAGGCCUGCUGAUCACGCUGCUCUUCUUCAUUGGCGUGUUCAUCCACGCGUGCGCGCCGGCCAUGUACGUCGAGACGCAGCGCGCGCUGACGGCGCUGGAGCUGGCGCAGCCCGGGUCGCUGGGCUCCAAGGGCGCGGUGGCGCAGGGGUUCGGGUUGCAGAGCAUGUGUCAGUUUGCCGGGGUGUUCUUUGGGCCACUCUGGGGUGGGUUCGUGGAGUAUCGGUUUGGGUGGGGCGCUAUGUCGGCGACGUUGGGUGGGUUAGUGGCCUUGACGGCGGUGCCGAUGCUGUGGCUUGGUGAGGAGGUUGAGGGGCAUGAGGGAGAGAGACAGCCGCUGUUUUGUGGGUGA